AUGAAUAAAGAAUAUGUGGCCUGGGAGAAAUUCCGACUAUCUUUAGAAACGACGAAGCAACCCACAUUAAUAGCUACAGAGGAGAUAAACGCACCCAAUGAUAUGAAGACUUCAUUAGAAGGCAGUGCAGAGCCCAAAUUACCAGCUUCAAAUGCAAGUGAAAUUAUUAUGUUAAGUGAUAGUAAUUCAUCCUUUAGCUCUCUGGAAACUAUAACUACAGAAAGUAAUAACACCGUUGAUUUGACUAGUAACUACAACGAUGAUCAAUCACAGGACACAACACUUAGCUACAAUUUUUUCGAUAUAAGUCAAUCCGUAAAGUUUGGUUUCUCAACAGCACCAAACUCUCCUACACAAACUAAUUCCUCCGCCUCAUUCGUUACAACAACGCCUAGUAAUAGGGAAAAAAAAAGUGGACGACCUCGCAAGGAACACAGCGCUCGCCCAGAUCCAUCAUAUCUGGCACGACUUAGUACGAGAGAACGCAAAUACUUGGAAGGACGUUAUAAAAAUAACGAGGCUUGUCGUAAAUCACGUUUUAGAAGCCGCCAGCGUGAAGAGGCAGAAAAAAUGGAGGAGCAAGCCUUGCAGCGCAAAAAUGCUCAAUUGAAGACCAAACUACUAAAAUACUUACACAUAUCAGAAACUUUAAAUAAUAUAGCGAAUAAAAAGAUUUAA